CGUGUACCUCAGUCAGCGACAGGUGGAUCACAUGUGACGAUGACCUGCGGGAGUGUGCGGCUCGGGCACGCGCCUCUGCUCUCCCUCUGCCUGUAUGGAGUGUGAGUGGUGACGCUCUGAUCACUGAGGAGGAGGAAAGUUAGUGCAACUUCCAAGGCCUGUUGAAGCAGUGAGAUCUGUCAGAGAGAAGAAGGAGGAGAGGAGAGAAGGAGGCAGCAGCAGGAUGAAGUCCAAAAGGAAGGCCGUCAAACCAUCCAGCAGGACCUGGUCUGACCCGGAGCCAGAACUAGAGCCGGACACGGAACCAGAACCUGGCUCCAGCGAGCAGGAGGGCUCAGAGGCAUCGGUGCGGAUCGGCGGCUCCUGGAGGGGGUCGCUGAGGAGCGGGGGCAGGAACCGCCAGGGAGGAGCCGGCGGAGGGAGGCGGAGGAGGCAGCACUCCUCCAGCACCAAAGAGCGCAGCCUCCGCCGCCUGGAGAGCAACGAGCGGGAGCGCCAGCGCAUGCACAAACUCAACAACGCCUUCCAAGCGCUGCAGGAGGCCAUCCCGCACGUCAAGACCGACAAGAAGCUGUCCAAGAUCGAGACCCUGACCCUGGCCAAGAACUACAUCAAAGCUCUCACCACCGUCGUCGUGGACAUGUCAGGGGCCUGCCUGCCCACUGGUGGGGUACCAUCAGAGGCCAGUGCCGCCAAGCUGCUCCAGUGCUACCAGCAGCAGCUUGAGGACGACGGGGAGGACGAUCUCACCCAGUACCUCACCCACAUGCACAGCUUCGGCCAGCGCAGCUAACAGUGACUGCGAGGUGGGUCAGAGGCCAGGUGGGG